AUGGCUUUUCCUGGUGGUAACCUGUUGUCCCUUGAUCUAGAUCCUAAAACAUUCAUUGUUGGAUUCAGCCUGGUCGCAAUUACCAUCCUGAUUUCCGGGCUUUCUCGAGUCUUUUUGCUUUUCUUCUACGCAUGCUUUGUCAAGCCGCAUAGCGGAAAGGAUAAUGGCACGCAGCAGGAUGCCCUUGAAAGCUUCUAUAAGAAGCAAGCUGGGAUCUAUGAUAAGACCAGAGAAAUUCUUCUGCAAGGCAGGGAGGACAUGCUUGCACUUUCGGCAUCAGAGCUACUUGCCAGGGAGAAAAUGCGAAAGAAUAACACUAUUGGGAAACCAAUAUGGGUGGACGUUGGUGGCGGAACAGGAUGGAACAUCGAGGCGAUGAGCGCUUUUCUCGAUGUUCCUCGGUUCUUCUCAAGCGUUUAUCUGGUCGACCUCUCUCCAUCUCUCUGCGAAAUUGCCCAGCAACGAUUUCAGCGCCUCGGCUGGGACAACGUUAAAGUUGUGUGUGAGGAUGCGAGGAAGUUCACUAUUGAAAACUAUGAAGGUGGGAUUUCCAACCGGGGCAUCUCAACCUACUACCCAGUCUCGAACCAUGUUCCUCGCAGACAAAACGCACAUGGGAUUGCAGAUCUCAUAACGAUGUCUUACAGCUUGUCAAUGAUCCCUGAUUACUUUUCUGUCGUUGACUCACUCAAUUCACUUCUUUCUCCUGACGGUGUCAUGGGAGUGAUUGAUUUCUACGUUCAGUCCAAGACAGAAUUUUCUUUCAGGAACUAUACUGGUGGUAUCAUCGGACGCCACGUUGGCUGGUUCAUGAGAGCGUUUUGGCGUGCAUGGUUCGAUCUCGACCGCGUCAAUCUCGAGGCCAGCCGCCGGGACUAUCUUGAGUACAGAUUUGGUACUAUCAAAAGUGUCAGCGCGCGCAAUAAUUAUUUGGGUCGCAUUCCGUACUACGUUUGGGUUGGAUGCCGCAAAGACUCCGUGUCUUCGAAAUUUCUCCCCUACGAGGUUGUGGAAAAGAUCGAUGCGCUUGCUACGGAGUCACACUAUUCUGAUCCGGCUGAUCUAAACGAUUCCUCUGCUCGCACUGGAAAAUUCUAUGCGCAGAGUAAACAGUCCGGAGCCUCAAUCACUGCUAUCCAGAACCUUUCAAACAACCUACCUCUGCCGGCAUUUUUCUACCAAAACCACCACUGGCGCAUCUACUAUGACGAGUCUCUUCGGAAGCACACUCAGUUCAAGGAUGAUUAUAUCUACACCUUCACCUGGGAGGACUCCCAAGCGGAUGACCAACUGCUCAAGCUCACCUCCGAUGACGUCGUGCUAGCCAUCACUAGCGCUGGAGACAAUAUUCUCUCAUACGCACUGCGGAGCCCGGCCAAGAUCCACGCUGUCGACCUAAACCCGUCGCAGAACCAUCUCCUGGAGCUGAAAAUGGCCUCCUAUACUGCUUUGUCAUAUGAAGAUUUUUGGAUGCUCUUCGGUGAAGGCAAGCACCCCAAUUUUCGGAAUCUGCUGCUCACAAACCUAUCGCCACACCUGUCAAGUCGAGCAUUCCAAUUCUGGCUCGAUCGCUGUCACAUCUUCUCCACUUCCAGCAGAUAUGGUCUGUAUGAUACUGGGGGCUCUCGCCAUGGCAUACGAGCUUUCCGUUGGAUUUCGUAUCUCUUUGGCUUCCAUGGUGCGGUUCAAAAAUUCCUCAAAGCCAAGGCACUCGACGAACAGCGCCAUAUUUGGCAACAAAGGAUCAGGCCAGCUCUGCUUUCUAAUCUGGUCUGUAGGCUAAUUGUGAGCCAGGAGAGAUUUCUAUGGUCAGCUCUCGGUGUCCCUAAACAUCAGCUCACCAUGAUUGAAAAUGACUAUGUCGAGAGUCUACCCAGUGGUGGGCCCACCAAGGCUGACUGCAAAACUCGUUCGCGCGCCAUCUGGCGCUACAUGGUGAGCACCCUCGAUCCAGUGGUCGAGAAUACCCAGAUCAGCUUGAACAAUCCGUAUUAUCAUAUAUGCAUGGCCGGCACCUUCUCCCGCCAGUGCCAUCCGGAGUAUCUCUCACGUGAGGCACAUGCCAAUCUCUCACAGCCGGAUGCGCUAGAUGGCAUACAAAUUCACACGGAUGAGAUCGACGAAGUUCUAAGCCAUAUGGACUCCAACCGACUCACCGUUGCUGUGCUUAUGGACAGUAUGGACUGGUUUGACUCAAACGGUGUGGCCGCCGCAGCCCAGAUUACCAAACUGAACCGUACACUGAAGAUGGGUGGCCGUGUAUUACUGCGCUCUUCGGCACUGCGUCCCUGGUAUGUCGAUAUUUUCGAAGCCCAUGGAUUUUCUUGCAAGUGCACGGGCUCUCGGACAGAUGGGGCAUGUAUUGAUCGAGUCAAUAUGUAUGCAUCAUGCUGGCUCUGCACUAAGAUGGAGAAUCUACCCUUGUCGACGCCCGAGCCCGAGAUGACAUGCAUGGAUGUCUCUGAUAACAACUGUUUGUCUCCAUAG